UCGUUGUUCCCGCCAAUCGUUUUGUUUAUUUUGUUGAGGGUGUUUUAAGAUUUUUAUUUUUUUUUUAACGACAACAAUAAUGUACGUAAAAAUUAGAAAAUUGGGUGCACUGCAGGGUGAAGGUGAUAUAGUAAUAAACAUAUCUAAAAUGGCUUUAAUUCAAGAACUAAGACAAAUGAUAGAAAAGGAUAUUCAAGUUGUACCCGAACAACAAAUGCUUUUGUAUAAAGGAAAGCAGUUAAUAGACGAUCAUCGUGUAAUGGACUAUGAUAUCAGUUUAAACGAUGUGAUACAAUUAAUCGUACGAUCACAAAAACCAUUAACAGAAGGAUUAGAAGAAAAAGAAGUUGACAAAAAGGAAGACAAUAAUGUUGAUAAUAAUAAAAGAAUUAUAGAUGCACAAAGUAAGUUUUACAAAGUAGAGGACCUUAUCGAUGUUCGACUAGAGGAAAACGGAGCAUGGUACGAGGCUGUUAUUUCAAAAAUUUUUACAAAGGGGCUGAAUAAUGAAAACACACCCGAAGAAAGCAACUUAAUAUUUAAAGUGAAAGGUGCUGAGCAUGUAAUAACUUUCGAAGGAGAGGCGAGUUUUAUCGACAUAAGACCCAGAUCAUACUAUACUUACAAGACAUCUGAGCUAGAAAAAGGAAUGACUGUAUUAGCUAGUUACAAUAUCGAGGAAACUAAAAGUAGAGGACCUUGGUAUGAUUUUAAAGUGGAAGAAGUAUCACCAGCCUCUGUAACUGGUACUAUUUUGGUGGGACGAGAUAGAGCGCCUAUUGAGAACUGUUCGAUUAAGUUUGUAGAUGAAAUUAUGAGAAUAGAGGAACCAGUACCACUAACUGAGAGAAGCGAUGUUCCAAAGCAAGUACCAAGGAAAUAUCCAUAUAAUUGUGAUAAAUGUAAAGAUGUCCCAGGUAGAAAGUGUCGUGAAUGUGGUUGUAGAGUCUGCGCUGGGAAAGAAAGUUGUGACACGAUGAUUUUGUGUGACGAAUGUGAUUAUGGUUACCACAUCGCGUGCUUAAGUCCCCCUCUGGAAUCGGUCCCAGAAGAAGAUGAAUGGUACUGCCCAGAUUGCAAAACGGAUGUUAGUGAAAUCGUCAAGGCAGGCGAGAAACUAAAAAUCAGCAACAAGAAAGCCAAGAUGGCCAGCAAUAAGGGCGAAUCUAGUAGGGAUUGGGGCAAAGGAAUGGCAUGUGUUGGAAGAACGAAAGAAUGCACCAUAGUGCCCAAAGACCACUACGGUCCUGUACCCGGGGUCGAAGUCGGCACUUGCUGGAAAUUCAGAUUGCAGGCGUCAGAAGCCGGUAUUCACAGACCACAUGUAGCGGGAAUACAUGGUAGGGAGACGGAUGGAGCCUACAGCCUCGUUCUAAGCGGAGGCUAUGAGGAUGACAUUGAUAACGGUGAAGAAUUUUAUUACACGGGAUCUGGCGGUAGAGACCUUUCAGGAAACAAAAGAUGCAGUGAACAAAGUUGCGACCAGAAAUUGACGCGAAUGAAUAAGGCACUGGCUUUGAACUGCAAUGCUACGUUCAACGACAAGACUGGCGCCGAAUCGAAAGAUUGGAAAAAGGGCAAACCCGUCAGGGUAGUGCGCAACUAUAAAGGUGCCAAACAUUCCAAAUAUGCCCCUCAGGACGGGAACAGGUAUGACGGUCUCUACAAAGUCGUCAAGUAUUACCCCGAGAAAGGUAAAUCCGGCUUCGUGGUGUGGAAAUACUUGUUGAGGCGGGACGACCCGACACCAGCGCCUUGGGAGAAAGGCGGUCAAGAACUGGAAAUGAUUUACCCGCCCGGUUACUUGGAAGCCCAGGAAGCUCAGGGACAAAAGAAAAACAAGGAAAAUAAAUCGAAGAGCCCCGACAAGGCAAAGCGCGGGUCAAAAAGAAAGACACAAGAAGACGUGAAGCCUUUGACUGAAUUUUUUAACACGCCGAAAAAGCAGAAGAUGACAGAGUACAAGCUAUCUUCUGAAUUAGAAGAGUUAAUUUCACUCGAUAAGGGCAAUGAGAAAUUGUGGUCGGAAUGUAGGGAGGUUCUGAAGGAAGGCAAGCAGAAGUUUUUGAGUAAAGUGGAGGAGAUCUUCAUGUGUAUAUGCUGCCAGGAGGUCGUUUACGAACCGGUGACGACGGAAUGUAAACAUAACAUUUGCAAGGCAUGUCUGAAGAGGUCUUUUGCAUCAGAAAUUUUCAACUGCCCGUACUGCAGGCACGAGUUGGGAGAAAGCUACGAUAUGGAAGUGAAUACAUCUUUAGGAAAGGUUUUGAAACUGCUGUUCCCCGGUUAUGAAGCUGCUAGAUGAUUAAGAUCCUUAAUGUUUUAUUUUAUGGUUAAUAAAUCAUUGUUUUUAUAUUGUUGUAUUGUUAGAACUUUUUUCGCAUAAGUAUAUUUAAAAUUAGUAUCAAAUUUAAAUUUAUCA